CAAUAAGUACCAAUUUAAUCAUAUCAUUUAAGCAUGACCUUUUUGUUAGUUUGACCAUCGCAUAUCCAUGUUUCGUUCAUCUUUACACUAUAUUCGGCAGGUACCUAGGUACCCUUAACUGGUGUGCACCAAUGGAAAGCUGCAUCGGUUCGUUCCAGAGUUAUGCAAGUUCGCAGGUACACACGCACAUGUACAGUGUGGCUUCGACGUAAUAAUUACUAUAGUGCUUGUGGCUUCCGAGGAAGGUGUCUCCACAUUAAAGGCAAUUGAGAUCUUGGUCGCCUUGUCACGGAAGGACCCCACCAACCCACAUUCCCACCUAACUCUCCAUCCACCAUCAGCCUCAUCAUCGUCCUUCACCAUUCUUUCUUCAACGUUGAACAUUUAACGUGACGUAUUUUCGAUCCGGCGAUUACAUACGUAUAAACAGUCUACUUAUACCAAUACGACCCCGAAUAUCUACCGAAUCAUUGCGUCGCAGCCCGAAGGUUUAAUACGGUUACCCAACUUCGUUACUAGAGCUACUCCUUAUGCUCACCUUCUUUCCGAUCACAUUUUAGCUAUCUAAACGCAACUUCGCCAAGGAGUAUUCAACAUCAUGGGUAAUACAACCAGCUCCGUGCUGGAGACCAUCGUCCAAGGGUCGAACUUCGACCGAGAGGAGGUAGACAGACUUAGGAAGAGAUUCAUGAAACUCGACAAGGACAACUCAGGAACGAUCGAGCGAGAAGAGUUUCUCAGUCUACCCCAAAUAUCGUCGAACCCACUUGCUACGAGAAUGAUAGCGAUAUUCGACGAGGAUGGUGGUGGUGACGUGGAUUUCCAGGAAUUCGUCUCGGGGCUGAGCGCGUUCAGUAGCAAGGGGAACAAGGAGCAGAAGCUCAGGUUCGCCUUCAAAGUCUACGACAUUGACCGAGAUGGAUACAUAAGCAAUGGUGAACUAUUUAUUGUCCUCAAGAUGAUGGUGGGCAGCAACUUGAAGGACCAGCAGCUGCAGCAGAUUGUGGACAAGACCAUUAUGGAGGCCGACCUUGAUAAGGACGGCAAGAUCAGCUUCGAGGAGUUUACGAAGAUGGUUGAGAGCACUGACGUGAGCAUGAGCAUGACUUUAGAUCAGUUCUAGAUACCACGAUGCUUAUCAUAAUAAUGAAUAAUGAGGCUUGGGAACCAUAUAUGAUCCACCUGGGCAAAUCCUGGACCACCUCGUUGAACGAGUACGGAUGUGAUACGUGUUAUGUGAAGUUUUUGUCCUAAGGACAUCUAUGAAGCGACGGGGAUCGCGAUGUGUGCGAGUGAAUCUAUGUCGAAGAUAUGAUUGUCAGGUUGAGGCAGGUGCUCGUUAUGGUGGUGGCUUGAAGCGUUUUCCCAGUACGUCGCUCAGACAUGUUGAUUAUAUUGACUUUUGAGGACAUACCGACAUAGCCUAAUUGCUCCCGCCCAAAUAUAGAACGUUGAUGAUAAUGUCAAUGACAAUCAGCAGUCCCGCAUCGAUGUCUCUAACUUCUUUUCGU